UUUAUGUCUUGGUCUGAUCUGAUCCGAUCCGAUCUCAACCGCGAUAACCGGAUAUCGCGUCUGGCGCUUUUUCAGCAGCACAUCUGGGACCUUUUUACCGGGGGAAGGCGAAUGGAGAAGCCUGACAUCUGCUUGACAGUCAGUACAGGGCAAGUCAACCAAACAAACUACAUGAUGGACACGUACCGGUCUCGUAACAAGCCACGUACUCAUCGUUUUCGUCUUGAAUUCCCUUGGCGAUUUGGCUCAACCAGUCGUAUAUCACACUACUAG